AAUCUUUUUUUCCAGAUGCCCAGAAGAGAAGCUACAAACAGAGUGAAUUAUUUUUGGGAAAAGGAUCUAAGUAUUAGCUUGUCAUAUCAGCUGAAAUCCUACUUCCUAUUACUGCGGCUUGCAGCAGUGGAGAAUAAUCUGGAUUUUCUGAUCCUCCUUCCUCCAUGUCCUGGAUGCUGUUAUUACAGGGAUCGCUUACACCUGAGAAGAACUACUGAACAGCACGUGCCAGAGGUAGAAGUCCAGGUCAAACGUAGAAGGACUGCCUCACUGAGCAACCAAGAGUGUCACCUGUACCCACGACGUUCUCAGCAGCAGCAUCAAGUUCCUGUGGUGGAUUUCCAGGCAGAACUGAGACAGGCGUUCUUAGCUGAGACACCAAGAGGUGGUUAAAGUAGUAUUGAAGCAUCAAGGUGGUGGAAAUCAAGGAAAACAGGACCCAUCCAUUGUCUGUGAAGCUUCAGUCAAGCUUACAUUGUGUCUAAGAACCUGCAUCCACACCUUUAUUUAUAGCCCUCCCCUAAGUAUUAAGGAUCUUGAUAUUUUACU